UCGGAUGGUGUUGGCUCUACCCAACCAACCAACACCGAUAGUGAUAACGCUACAUGCUAUUAUCGGCAAAUUGAUAAAGAAGAAGACAAAGCUGUAUCAUGGUUAACUAAACUUGGACAAUCCUUAGCUAAAUGGCUGCGCGAGAACGGAGAUUAUCAAAUUAAUAAAUCACAAGAAGUUUUGCUUGAUUUCCCAGAGGGAUAUUUCCUUUACGAAUAUCUUAAAGUGUUAUCUGAUGGUACACAGACUUCAGACACUUAUUUGUUCGGCGCGCAUAAAUUCCAAUCACCGAGCGAAUUCAUACCUCACUUAAAAUGGCUAGUGUCAAAAGAUUCACAAUGUCAAUGUGUACAUUGCCCUCCAUCUUCAAAAGUGAUAAAACCAACGUCAAGUGUUUCGUCAUCUAAGCCAAAGGUAUCAAAGUCAUCAAGUAAAACAUCUGCAAAAUCAUCCAAACUUUCAUCGGAAUCUACACACAAUCCGUCAGAAUCAGAAUCUCUUCAAACGUCACGUUCUCUCGCGAAAUCGCGGAUGUUAAAACCUAGCGGAGAUGGAGAAUCAUCUAAAAAUUCAUCAACAAAAGAACAUAAAAAGGAUGAUCGCCCAAAAGCCAAAUACGCCGAGUACCGUACGGGUGAAAUAGUCUGGGUUAUUCUUGCAAAAACUGGUGAUAACAUUCUCAUUGACAAAUUUAAAGAUUUAAAUGUCGGAGACUCCCCGAUCACAAAUUGGCCAGGAGUUAUUUACUCCCGCGGAAAAGUUGCACCAGAUGUAGACAUUGUAAAAUUCACUGUCAAAUUGGUUGUAUUAAAUACUGAAGUUUCUAUUAGACGGACAGGAUUGAUACCUUGGAAAGCUUUUAACCCUGUUAUCCCAGAAGAAGUUCUUAAAAAUGUGAUAGGAAGCAAUUCGAACGAACAACUAGAACCUGAAAUUGACAUAAAUAUCCAAAAUUAUGUCCGGGCAGUACACCGUGCUAAUGAAGCAGCGCAAACAUAUUCACCAAUGAAGAUGUUCAA